UCUUGUAGGUGUAAUUACAUUUUUAUCCUUAAUAACUUUGGUGAAAGUACGCUUAUUUCAGCGGGAAAUGAAGAGACCAUUGCGAUUUGCGACUACUAAUAAUCCCCCAUUUGCCCUAGCAGAGCAAACCCACUUCUCCCCAACCCCUUCCAGUUGUUAUUGGCGGCUGAGGUGGUCUGCGCCUUCUUUUUCUCCGCCGCUCACGGUGGCGGGUCGACACUGGAACACCAUGGAUCCGAACAUCGUCCUCAGGGAGUUAAAGAAGCGUUUCAAUAACAAAAUCACGGAGGUGGAAAUGGAGACUGACAACCAAGAUUUGGAUCUCACCCGUCUUCUAGCAUCCGCUAUGAAUUUAAACAUUUUUUACAUGGGGGUGCAACUGUUAAUUUUGCGUGGGUUCAUUAACAAGUUUAUAGUUAACUUUAAGCUUAUGCUAACUAUUGAUCGUUUGCUAUCGGUACAAGUUCUGGUGAUGAUUUAUAAGAAGGGGUUCGCCUACGUUAACACCAAAUCGAAAUAUGAUCAGACCCUGUAUGAUUUGAAGAAGCUGAAAAGACAGCUCCGAAGGAUUAAGGCGGCCCUACAUGGAAUGAAUUUGGAGGCUGGUGAAGAUGAAGAUGAAGAUGAAAAGUUCGCAACUCUUCAAAAGUGGAAGCACGCCAGUCGAAAUGUUGUGCUAUUUCUCUGUUGUUUCGCCUUGAAAGCCUUUUUCGUCCUCGUCUGGGCCACUAUAUAUCAGUCGUCAACUUGUUCAGGCGAGAACAACUUAGAUGGUACCCCAACCAUAUGGUCGUAUGUGAGCAUUGGAUGUUCUUGUCGGGGGUCACCAUUGGCUGGUCCCCAAUGGAACCCUGGUAGGAUAGGCUCAUUACGUGACUGGUGCUGGCAAGACCGUUCAUGCAAGCUCCCUUGUUCCAUCAUUGUGAGAUUUAUUCCAAUAGACACUCUGUACUUUCGUCGUCCGAUUCAGUUGAGGGCUAUAAACUCAUAUAAGCAAAAUCAAGAAUUGUGA